UUUUACGUUUCUUUAUUAUAUAUAUAUAUAUAUAUAUAUAUAUUUGUAGCAUAACGGUGCGUAAAUACUGAUUGUACGUAUCACAAUAUUGGUCACUCGAUCUCUGUUUUGAAGUAAAUUAUACCUCUGUGUUAUUUAAUUUGCCAUCCUAGGCCAACUGCCUCAUGUAGAGGCUGCCUGAUGGUAAAAGUGUACAAUAUUUAUUGAAGAUCAACACUGUCAUUCUCCCGAAUCUAUAGGCUUGAAAGUAAGAAAAAUAAAAUUAAAAUAAUUGCAAGUUCAAGUGAAGAUCAACCAUUACAGAUUUAUCAGAAAUCUAUUAACGAGUGUUCAACAAUUGUAGCCUUGCAAUAUCAUCAAUGGUUAUGCGUAAAAAUGCAGCUAAAUCAUAUCUGCAAAGUUAAUUGACUUUAAUGAGAAUAUCGCCGAAGGCGGUAAUUUGCGACACAUAGACUUCGCUUUACUAAACGUUAACGAUAAGUUUCUCUUUCGCCUACUUAUGAAUCCCACGCCUGUCGGAAAAAAUUGCACCGUUUACGACAGUACAAUAUCGUAUGACAUGAGACCCGCUCGCAGCAACAGUUGUUCGAGAAAUAUAAUCCAGGAACCACUGCAGCACACGGAUGCGAUAACCGAAACCAAUAGAUUGCAAUCCAUCAAUAGAUAUUUACCAGCUGUUUCCCGGCUUCACGACAUUAUGGCUAAGUACGGUAAAUCAGUGAACUACAAUAUGGUUUCUACGGCGGGUGUAUUUCCGAACAAGAUCUUUACGUUUAAUGCCAUAUGUGGGGAAAUCGUAACCUACGGAUGCGGUUCGUCAAGUGAUGAAGCAAUAAACGACGCAGCAAACAAUUUUUUGGACAAGCUGGCUUCUAUCGCUGAACUAGAUAACUAUUUUCUGAACUCAACAAAGUCAUCAUGUCUAGAGAGUAAUGUUACAUUUAUUCAAUCCAACAAUUACAUCGGUAAACUACAAGAGUUAUGUAUAACUCUUGCUUGGAAUUUGCCAAAAUAUGAAUACUUUCUAGAUAUUGACAAUGAACACAAGAAAAAUUUUUAUACCGUAGUAUGUUCCGCUGGGCCCUUUAAAUCCACAGGCGUAAGGAGAUCCAAGCAAACCGCAAAAAAUCAUGCUGCUUAUUUGACGAUAAAUCAAAUUAAUUCAAGUCAAUAUAAAACCAAUAAGACUAACACGUCGAAUGCUAGAAGCGAAAAAACGAUGGAUUCCGUAUACAGAUUUUCAAAAAGUGAAGACGAAAAUGAUGCAAAGAACAUAACUAUGGACCAUAUCUACCAUGUUAACAGCAUCAAUAUCAGUAUGCCUAUCAACUAUAUUGGCAAACUACAAGAGAUGUGCGUCGCUCGUGGUUGGGAGCUGCCUAAAUAUGAAUAUCACCAAGAAUAUGACAAUAAAAACAAAAAUUGUUUGUUUUAUGCGACGUGUUCUAUUGGACCCUAUAGAUCCAUUGGCGCUGGAAUAACAAAGAAAAUCGCAAAAAACCAAACCGCUCAAAUUGUGUUUAAUCAAAUUAAUAUGGAUCAAGAUAAAACCAAUGGAACUAGCACGUCGAAUGCCAGUAGCGAGAAAUCGAUAGAUUCCGUGCACGAUUUGAGAAUAAAUAAAGUCAUAAAUGAUACCGCGAAUAUGACUUUGGACCAAAACUACUAUAUCAACAGCAACGAAACCAAAAUGCCUAUCAACUACAUUGGUAAAUUACAAGAGAUAUGCGUAGCGUGUGGUAGGGAGCUACCUAAGUAUGAAUAUCACCAAGAAUAUGACAAUAUAAACAAAAAGUAUUUGUAUUCUGUUAUAUGUUCCGUUGGGCCCUAUAAAUCUACUGGCUUAGCUGAUGCCAAGCAAGUUGCAAAAAAACAAGCCGCUCAAUUAGUGCUUAAUCAAAUUAAUAUGAAUCAACAGAAAACCUCUACGCCUAGUAGAAAUUUCACUCAUGAAACAGCUGAUAACUCUAUGGGAGACAUGAUAACACCGACAAAUAUCGAUUUGUGUAAUAUUUUCAAACUAACAAAUCUAUACUCUAACCAAUUAUUAUCAUCUAAAAAUGAAUGUGUACAAAAACUGAAGAAAUGUAAUUCAUUGGAUGAACUUAAUAUGAGUGCUUUUGAUUUUUUGACAAAACUUGCAAAUGAAGAAGUCUUUGGUACCACAUACAUCCAGUAUCAAAAAGAUAGUUAUGAAGUUUAUAUGUCUUUGGAAAUAACAACACUUACACCUACACCUGUUUUGGUGUGCUUAAGUACUGGAAAAACAGAGGAAGAAGCUCAAAAUGCAGCUGCCAAAUGUGCAUUAAAAUACAUCAAACGUAUCUUAAUUUAAUAAAAUACAUUGUAUACUAUUAUUGCCGUUUAUUUAAUAA